AUGCCGAGCAGCGGUGAGACGAAUAACACUGCCGAGUACACGGCACUGCUGCUCGGCGUGCAGAGCGCUUCUCAUCACGGCGCAACAUCCUUGGCGAUCGAGGGAGACAGCCACCUGGUAGUGGCGCAGGUACGAGGUGCCUUCGCGUGCAGAAACCAACGCCUACGGCAGCUGCGCAACCGCGUGCGCCACGCGCUUCGCUCAGUGACCAAAUUCACGCUACAGCAUGUCGACCGGAAGGCUAACGCUCAUGCCGACCGCCUAGCAAACCGAGCACUCGACAUGAAGCGCACGCUGGUGGAGUGCGGCCGGCACCACGGUAGCAUGGACCUCUGCUGGCACCCAUCGACCACAGCGCCGACCCAGAACGAAAUGGCGGCACCGCUACUUCGUUUUCCAGCGGCAGCAUCCGGCCACCAUAGCGAAGUCAGCCUCCUCCACGAUGACGAGGAGGCUGAUAUUGCGGCUCGUGACAACGGUGAAGUGUUCCCCACCCUGCCUAUCGGACCAGGAUCAGCUCCAGCCCGGCAACCCCGGCUACGGCUACGGCUUCGGACAGAGGAUGACCAUGAGACCGCAGCGGUGGCCUUGCAGGCCAUGGCAGAGGAGCUCGCGUGCAAGAUUGUCGAUGCCGACAGCUGGACCUCGGGAGAUGGCUAUAUCAGCGCUAUCCCUGGCCGCAUUAGGGAGGUGCUGCGGCCAUACACAACAGACCCUCCCCAGCAUCAAUCAUCACUGCAGCAACAGAGACAGCGCCCACCUCGCGUAACGCGGAACCAGCGCGAGCACCGACUCGACGAGGCCAUCGACGAUCUGGAGGUAACCCAGCGUGAGCGCCCGGACGACCGAACCUCCAUCCACCGAGCGCGGCGACGCGUUGGCCGAAUCCGCGGCUCCAUGCGGCUGCAGCAACUGCGCCAACGCUUUGGCCGAGAAGAACGCAAGUGCGUUGAGGAGAUUUUGCGCACAGCAUCUCCAGAGACAGCAGCAGAGGAGCACCCGGAUACGUGUCCCAUUGACGCGACCACACUGCACGAGCACUUCACGGCGGUCAACACGCCUCGCAUCAACUUCCUCCCGGACGAAGCCUGCGGUGAAGACUUCCGUCGAGCGAUGGCCGACAUCGGACAACCGACGGCGGAGCGCAACGCGCUCACGGACGAGUUGACGAUGGACGAAGUGGAAGACCAGCUCGCACAAGCGGCCGCGAACUCCAGCCCGGGUCAUGACGGCGUGGGCUACGACGUCUACAGGAAGUUCGCGGCGCAGUUGGUUCCGCUCCUCCACGCAGCAUUCCAGUUCUGUUGGAGCCACCGUCGGGUGCCUGCCCUGUGGAAGGUGGGUUUCGUUCGACUCAUACACAAGAAAGGCAACCCCAAGGACCCAUCCAACUGGCGGCCGAUCUGCCUCCAGACUGCAAUCUACAAACUCUACAGCGGUCUACUGGCACGUCGGCUAUCAGCUUACCUGGAGGGGAAUGCGCUGCUGCCAAUGGCGCAGAAGGGCUUCCGUGCGUAUAACGGUUGCCAUGAGCAUAACUUCGUGGCAACCACGCUCCUGGACCAGACCCGCCGCAUGCACCGCAAGCUGUACCAGGUCUGGUACGACCUGCGGAACGCAUUUGGGUCCGUCCACCAAGACAUGCUGUGGUAUGUGCUGCGGCUUCUCGGCGUGGAACACGAUUUCGUUGCUCGCUGCCACGACAUCUAUGACGACUCCUACUUCGUCGUCGGGAACGCCGUCGAUGGAGCGACGGAACCAGUGCGGCAGGAGGUGGGUGUGUACCAGGGCUGCCCACUGAGCCCCCUCCUGUUCAUCGCAGCACUGGUGCCGCUGCUACGAGCGCUCGAGAAACUCGACGGAGUCGGCGUUGCGCUGGCGGACGGUGUACGACCCUGCGCCACCGCCUACGCAGACGACCUGAAGGUCUUCAGUGACAGCGCAGCGGGGAUCAAGCGCUGUCACGCGGUCGUGGAGACAUUCCUCGAGUGGACGGGACUUCAGGCGAACCCCGGCAAGUGCGCUCUUCUGGCGGUGACCCGCAACGCGCGCGGCAACCCACCCACGACCAGGACCUCCACCUCCAGCUCCACGGCGAAGACGUCGCCAGCGUGA